UACCUAUAAUUAUAUUACCAGCAAUUGUGAAUAACCAUCGCAAUUUUCUUCAUUAGUUACUUAUUUAUUCGUCAGUGACGAGAGAGUUUUUGUCUAAGAAAAUUAUAAUAGAAAAUGACUUUUCACAAAUCAUUUUUAAUAUUUUUUUUGAUAAUCACAGCAAUAAGUAUCAUCAAUGCAGGCCCUAUAAAACGUGAUGUUGGAUAUGAAGAACAAGGAGAAAGAGGAGGAGCUGGAUCAAGAGAAGGACAAGGGUCUGAAGAAGGAUUAGAUAAAGAAUUGGGAGAAAAAUUAUACGGGGAAGAAGAAGAAGAUUCGGAUGAAGAUGAGGAACAACAAGAACAAGAGGAACAAGAACGACAACAACAAGAACGACUAGAACAAGAGGAACAAGGACGACAAGAACAAGAACGACUAGAACAAGAGGAACAAGAACGACAACAACAAGAAGAACAAGAACGACAACAACGAGAAGAACAAGAGGAACAAGAACGACAAGAACAAGAAGAACAAGAAGAACAAGAACGACAAGAACAAGAGGACCAAGAACGGCAAGAACAAGAGGAACAAGAACGACAAGAACAAGAAGAACAAGAACGACAAGAACAAGAAGAACAAGAACGACUAGAACAAGAGGAACAAGAACGACCAGAACAAGAGGAACAAGAACGACAACAACAAGAAGAACAAGAGGAACAAGAACGACAAGAACAAGAGGAACAAGAACGACUAGAACAAGAAGAACAAGAACAAGAGGAACAAGAACGACAACAACAAGAAGAACAAGAGGAACAAGAACCACAAGAACAGGAGGAACAAGAACAAGAGGAACAAGAACGGCAAGAACAAGAACGACUAGAACAAGAGGAACAAGAACGACUAGAACAAGAAGAACAAGAACAAGAGGAACAAGAACGACAACAACAAGAAGAACAAGAGGGACAGGAGGAACAAGAACAAGAGGAACAAGAACAAGAAGAACAAGAACGACUAGAACAAGAGGAACAAGAACGACAAGAAAAAGAGGAACAAGAACAAGAUGAACAAGAGGAACAAGAACGACAAGAACAAGAAGAGCAAGAGGAACAAGAACGACAAGAACAGGAGGAACAAGAACAAGAAGAACAAGAACGACAACAACAAGAAGAGCAAGAGGAACAAGAACGACCAGAACAAGAGGAACAAGAACGACUAGAACAAGAAGAACAAGAACAAGAGGAACAAGAACGACCAGAACAAGAGGAACAAGAACGACUAGAACAAGAAGAACAAGAACAAGAGGAACAAGAACGACAACAACAAGAAGAACAAGAGGAACAAGAACCACAAGAACAGGAAGAACAAGAACAAGAGGAACAAGAACGGCAAGAAGGAGAAGAACAAGAACGACUAGAACAAGAGGAACAAGAAGGACUAGAACAAGAAGAACAAGAACAAGAAGAAAUAGAGGAACAGGAGGAACAAGAACAAGAGGAACAAGAACGGCAAGAACAAGAGGAACAAGAACAAGAAGAACAAGAACGACUAGAACAAGAGGAACAAGAACAAGAUGAACAAGAGGAACAAGAACGACAAGAACAAGAAGAGCAAGAGGAACAAGAACGACAAGAACAGGAGGAACAAGAACAAGAAGAACAAGAACGACAACAACAAGAAGAGCAAGAGGAACAAGAACGACAAGAACAGGAGGAACAAGAACAGGAGGAACAAGAACGACAAGAACAAGAGGAACAAGAACGACUAGAACAAGAAGAACAAGAACAAGAGGAACAAGAACGACAACAACAAGAAGAACAAGAGGAACAAGAACCACAAGAACAGGAAGAACAAGAACAAGAGGAACAAGAAAGGACUAGAACAAGAAGAACAAGAACAAGAAGAAGGCAAGAACAAGAGGAACAAGAACAAGAAGAACAAGAGGAACAAGAACAAGAAGAACAAGAACGACUAGAACAAGAGGAACAAGAACGACAAGAAAAAGAGGAACAAGAACAAGAUGAACAAGAAGGACUAGAACAAGAAGAACAAGAAGAAGUAGAGGAACAAGAGGAACAAGAACAAGAAGAACAAGAACAACAACAACAAGAUGAACAAGAAGGACAAGAACAAGAAGAACAAGAACAAGAAGAAAUAGAGGAACAGGAGGAACAAGAACAAGAGGAACAAGAACGGCAAGAACAAGAGGAACAAGAACAAGAAGAACAAGAACGACUAGAACAAGAGGAACAAGAACAAGAUGAACAAGAGGAACAAGAACGACAAGAACAAGAAGAGCAAGAGGAACAAGAACAAGAAGAGCAAGAGGAACAAGAACGACAAGAACAGGAGGAACAAGAACAAGAAGAACAAGAACGACAACAACAAGAAGAGCAAGAGGAACAAGAACGACAAGAACAGGAGGAACAAGAACAAGAAGAACAAGAACGACAACAACAAGAAGAGCAAGAGGAACAAGAACGACAAGAACAGGAGGAACAAGAACAGGAGGAACAAGAACGACAAGAACAAGAGGAACAAGAACGACAAGAACAAGAGGAACAAGAACGACAAGAACAAGAGGAACAAGAACGACAAGAACAAGAGGAACAAGAACGAAAAGAACAAGAGGAACAAGAACGACAACAACAAGAAGAACAAGAGGAACAAGAAGAACAAGAGGAACAAGAAGAACAAGAGGAACAAGAACGACAACAAGAGGAACAAGAACGACAACAACAAGAAGAACAAGAGGAACAAGAACGACAAGAACAGGAGGAACAAGAACAAGAGGAACAAGAACGGCAAGAACAAGAGGAACAAGAACAAGAACGGCAAGAACAAGAGGAACAAGAACAAGAACGGCAAGAACAAGAGGAACAAGAACGACAAGAACAAGAGGAACAGGAGGAACAAGAACGACAAGAAAAAGAGGAACAAGAGGAACAAGAACGACAAGAGCAAGAGGAACAAGAACAAGAAGAACAAGAAGAACAAGAACGACAAGAACAAGAAGAACAAGAACGACAAGAACAAGAAGAACAAGAACGACAACAACAAGAGGAACAAGAACGACAACAACAAGAGGAACAAGAACGACAAGAACAAGAAGAACAAGAACGACUAGAACAAGAGGAACAAGAACGGCAAGAACAAGAGGAACAAGAAAGACAAGAACAAGAGGAACAAGAACAAGAAGAACAAGAACGACAACAACAAGAAGAGCAAGAGGAACAAGAACGACAAGAACAGGAGGAACAAGAACAAGAGGAACAAGAACGACAAGAACAAGAAGAACAAGAACGACACGAACAAGAAGAACAAGAACGACUAGAACAGGAGGAACAAGAACGACAAGAACAAGAGGAACAAGAACGACUAGACCAAGAGGAACAAGAAGAACAAGAACGACAACAACAAGAAGAACAAGAGGAACAAGAACGACAAGAACAGGAGGAACAAGAACGACAAGAACACGAGGAACAAGAACGAAAAGAACAAGAAGAACAAGAACGACUAGAACAAGAGGAACAAGAACGACAACAACAAGAGGAACAAGAACGACAACAACAAGAGGAACAAGAACGACAACAACAAGAGGAACAAGAACGACAACAACAAGAGGAACAAGAACAAGAACAAGAACGACAAGAACAACAACCAGAACAACAGCAAGAGGAACAAGAACAACAAGAACAAGAUCAAGAACAACAACAACAACAACAACAACAACAACAACAACAAGACCAACAACAACGAGAGUAUCAAGAAGGUGUAGAAGGAGAAGACAAUAUGAUGGAGAACGUACAGGGAGAGGAAUUAGAAGAAGGAAUGAAAUCAUUUAUUCCAUCAUUUAUAAGAUCAAUCUUUGGGAGAUUGCUAUUUUUUCUUUAAUUAA